AUGGUGCACUCUCGAGGUUCUGUCCGAGGUCGUGACCUACAUGAAAGAGAACGGCUGACUUUCUGGCACGCCGGUCACUGGGUCACGUUCGAUGCGGACAGCGUGGAGGCCGCCAAGGCCCAGGUGGCACGCAAGAAACUUCAUGACGCGGCCAUCAAGGACUACAACAAGUUGAUCGCCAAGCUGAAAGUGUCUGGAGCGCCCAAGACCAUCCUGCACGAACCAGGCAUUUGGGUGUACCCCGCCAAGCUGUGUCACCGGAUCCUGUUCGACCGGUCGGAGACAAACCUCGGCACCGAGCCAUACACAAUGAUGGAGCAGCUGGCGAUCCUGGACCGCGCGGAACCCGCCCGCAUCCAGUGGACCGGAUGGUCCACCAACGACCUCGUCGCUGUUCGUCCUCACGAGAUCCGAGACAUGAUCCUGCCUCCAAACGAGCUGCGCGGCAACUGGGUCUCUGUCGAGCACCAAAACUAG